AAACUCUACAAAAACAUCUGGAUGAAAUAAACAAGGUAAUGUCUGACAUUAAGGAUGAUGUAAAUUCACUAGAAGUUGCUUUAGCCUGCAAAGACAUAACCAAAGUCUAUAGUGUUAAAUCCAACAUAGAAAAAUAUAGUAAGCUUCUACCAGAAAUUGAACCGUCUUUACCCAAAUUCACACCAGGAAAAAUUGAAGAAUACUUCAGCAAACUGUUUGGAUCCUUAUCAUCAGGUUUUUUAACUUCAGAUAAACAUGGCUACAGCAUGAGGACAAUACAGAAAUCACCUCCAGUCAAACAGCUGCUUGAUGAACCAGAAACUGACACCACCAUAAACACUGUGUAUGGAUGGCUUUACAAUGUGACCUGUCUGAGUGAUGAAAAAAUCUGGACAAGUGGAGGUGACGGCACCAUGAAACUCUACAGCAUCAAUCAGGGAUCACUACUCAAGUCAAUCACAACCAAGUCAGGGUACACACCCUCUAACAUAGCAGUCACAAAAAGUUGGGGUCUAGUGUAUACUGAUGACUAUUAUAAAACUGUGAACAUUGUGAAGAAUGAGAAAAUAGAGGAGCUGAUCAGACUUAAGACUUGGAAUCCUCACAGUGUCUGUAGUACCUCCUCUGGUGACCUCCUGGUAAUCAUGAUCAGUGAUGAUAGAAAACAAACAAAAGUUGUCCGUUCAUCUGGCUCCACGGAGAAACAAACCAUUCAGUUUGAUGAUAAAGGUAAACCUUUCUACUCCAACUCUCAUGACAAAUACAUAAAAGAGAACAAGAACCUGGAUAUCUGUGUGUCUGACUAUGGAGCUGGGGCAGUAGUGGUGGUCAAUCAGGCUGGGGAACUGAGAUUCAGGUACACUGGACAUACUCCUGCUCCAAAGAGCAAACCAUUCAAUCCACAAGGAAUCGCCACAGACAGUCAGAGUCACAUCCUUACAGCUGAUUAUGACAAUCGCUGUGUCCACAUUAUAGACAAGGAUGGACAGUUCCUCCGUUACAUAGGCUGUGAACUGAAUGGACCCUUGGGACUGUGUAUAGAUACAAAUGACAAUCUGCUUGUUGUUUCAUUUAGAAACAAACAAGUGAAAAAAAUUAAAUAUCUGCAAUAAAAUCCAUCUGCAAUGUUUUCAGUUUAAACAACAUAAUUCCAUUGGGGAAUCACAAUUUUUGCUUA